AUGAGAACGAUAUCGCCCUUAACCAGCGGUUUCGUUCCGAUGCAGCCAGUCCCCCGGCCCCCACCCCGCAUCUCAAGUGCAUCCUCCCUCGCCGCGCCCCGCGAUCGUUCCCGUGCCCUCGGCCGCACGCCGGCGCCUGAGGCGGAGGGUUGCGAGGGUGAGAGCGCGGGAGGGUGGGAGGUCGCACGGACGAGCGCGGAGGCUGCGCGGCGCCCGCAGGCACAGUCGCCCGCCGACCGCGCGCUCCCUAUGUUCCACUGCAUCGUGCAGCCGCGCCACGACUGGGGACCGCCCGACCUCGCCAAUGCAUUCCCCGACAUACGUGUGCAGCUCUCAGAGCAGACACGGGUGUUGGAGGCGCGCGCGGAGGCGGCGGCGGGCGUUGCAGGUGAACUUCACGACUACUGUCGCCGUCGCGCUGACCUGGAGCAUGAGUACUCCCGCGCGUUAGACAAGCUGGCCCGUGCAGCUGCACAACGACACAAGGACCAAAAACACAAACGUGAACAAUGGCCGUUAACAGGUGCAUACGCGUGCUGGCAGGCGGCUUUAGAGAACACACGUUCGUUGUCGCGCGACCACGCGGCCCUGGCUGAGCUGUACGGCGGGCCGCUCGCCGCGCGGCUGCAGCGCGCCGCCGACGAUGUGUUACGUCUGCACAGAAAGUGCCGGGAUAUAGUGGCAGAACGUCACGAGGAGGUAGGCGCAGCGCUAGCAGAAGCAGCGGCGGGCGGUAAAGCGCACGCGGCCGCCGCCGCCGACUGGCGCGCCGCCGCGCUCAAGCUGCGGCACGCGCACACUGCACGCGCUGCCUUGCUGCAGGCUGAUCCGCCCAGGCAUAAGAAGAUAAAGGCGCUCGAUAAGGAGUUGGAGAAGAGACGAACGCGACACAGCGAGGCGCGAGCCAAGGCGCUGAGAGCGCGCGCCGACUACGUGCUGAGCCUAGAGGCGGCCAACGCGACGCUGCAGCGAUACUACCUCGACGACAUCGCCGAUAUCAUGCUUUGCACGGAGGUAGGUUUCGAGGCGGUGGUGGGGCGUGCCGUGCGCACGGCCAGCGCGGCGGAGAGCGCGCGCGCGCACGCCGUGUGCGCCGCCGCCGGCGCGCUGCUGGCCGCCGCCGACGCGCUCGACGCGCUCGCCGACCGCCAGCGCUUCGUGGCCGCGCACCCCGCCGCUUUCGCGCUGCCGCGCCCGCUGCCCUACGCCGGCGACGCGCCGCCCGCGCAGGACGCCGAGAUGCGCGACCUCGUGCAGGGCGCCGCCGACGACCGGGACGAGGCGGCGGACGCCGCCGCCAGGGAUCUGUCACAGCGCCUAGCCCAGCUGGAGACUAGUGCGCGCGCGCUGCGAGCCGAGUGCCGCGAGGCGGCCAAGACGCUGGACGCGGCGGAGGCGGAGCUAGUGCGGCAGAUGGAGGGCGCGGACACGGCGUGGGAGGUGGGCGCGCUGUUCGCGGCCGCGCCCUCCGCGCCCGCGCCGCCCGCCGACGACGACGCCCCGCGACGCGACCAGGAGGAUUAUUAUCUUGCGAAAUUCAGAUCAUAUGUAUCGUGCGCGGGGCGUCUCGCACGGCUCGAGAGCAAGGCUAUGGCGGUGCGCGAGCGGCUGAUGGGCGCGGGCGCGGCGGGUGCGGGCCCGGGCGCGGCCAUGGCGGCGCUGACGCCGCGCUCGCCGCCGUCGCCGCCGCGCCGAGCCGCCGCACGCCGUCGCGGGCACUUCGCCGCGCCGCUGGACGACCGGCUGCCCGCCGUGCUGACUUCGUGCGUGCGCGUCAUCGCCACUUACGGCCUCAACCACCAGGGCGUGUUCCGCGUGUCCGGCUCGCAGGUGGAGAUGCAGGCGCUGCGGGCCGCCUUCGAGCGCGGCGAGGACCCGCUGGCGGGCGUGCGCGAUGCCAGCGACAUCAACUCCGUGUGCGGCCUGCUCAAGCUGUACCUGCGCGAGCUGCGGCCGCCGCUGCUGCCGCCGCAGCUGCAGGAGCGCCUGCUGCGCGUGGCCGCGCUGCGCGACGACGCCGCCUUCGCGCGCCGCCUGCGCGACACGCUGGCCGCGCUGCCGCUGCCGUCGCUGCUGGUGCUGCGCUACCUGUUCGCCUUCCUCGCGCACCUCACCGAGCACUCCGAGCGCAACAUGAUGGACGCGUGGAACCUCGCCAUCUGCCUGGGGCCCACGCUGCUGGCGGCGUGGGGCGAGGGCGGCGCGCAGGUGGCCGCGCAGAACCUCGUCAACGAGCUGGUGAAGCGCGCCAUCCUGCACCACGCGGACGUGUUCCCGCAGGACGUGGCGCCGCACACGCUGUACGUGCGCGCGGAGCCCGCCGACGCGCCCGACGGCCACGCCGCGCCCGCGCCCGCCCCGGCAGCCGCGCCCGCCGCCGCGCACGCGCCCGCCGCCAACGGGCCGCUCGUAGAUCUCGCGUGUGGGGAGAGUGCGUUGGAUGAGGACGAGGCGCGGGACCUGUCGCUGUAUGAAGACGACGACGAUGAUGAUGAUGACGCGGCCAGUGACGGCGACGCCGACACCGACGUGUGGCGGCGCGACCCUCCCCGCAGGUCGUCAAGCAGCGAGCGCCGCGCCCCGCAGGUUGCCCCCGAGCCUGCGCCUGCGCCUGCCGCAACUCCCGUACACGAUGCCUGCAGCCGGCUGGCGGAGAGCACGCCGGACCUGGUGCUGGACCUGCCGGCGCGCGCGGCCGACGCCGCCGACACCUUCGCGCACAACCGCGACACGCUCAAGAAGCGCGUCGCGCCGCCCGCCGCGCACAGACAAACAUGUUCCGAAGGAGAGUCUAAAGCCGAGGCUGAAGCUAGCGCCAGUGCCACCAGCUCGGUGGCGGGCGGCAGCCCCGUGCCCGCGCGCAACACCAUGCGCGUGGCCGCCAAGUUCGCAGAGUUGACGUUGACGGGAGGUUCGCUCAAGCCCGCGCUGGCCGCCAAGCCCGCGCUGCUGCGGCGCCCCACGCCGCACCCGCGCGCGCCCGCGCCGCCCGUCGUGCCGCCCCCGGCCUCUGCGCCCGCCCCCGCCCCCGACCCGGAGCCC